AUGUUCCGCCAUGCGCUGAGACUGUGCACUCGGCCAGGCUACCGACCUGUCUGGGUAGUAGGAAGAAGCGCUUCACGGCUGGCCAGGACCAGGAAAAAAGCUGCCGUACCAGCUGUGCCCUCAUCAUCGCCAUCCUCGCCACCAUCACCACCAUCACCUACACAUCCACCCGCCGUUGUCCUACGCGAAUACCAAGAAGAAUGCAUCCAAGCCGUCCUGUCGUACGUCGAGCGCGGUCACAAGCGCUUAGGUGUAUCAUUGGCAACAGGCUCUGGCAAAACCGUCAUCUUCACUCACCUCAUCGAUCGCGUCCCCGCUCGUGGCAAUGCGACCCAGACACUCAUCCUCGCCCAUCGCCGUGAGCUCGUUGAGCAAGCCGCGCGCCAUUGUGCCCGUGCAUACCCCACCAAGCAUGUAGACAUUGAAAUGGGCAACCAUCAAGCCUCGGGUGCCGCCGACAUCACAGUUGCCUCUAUACAAAGCAUUACAUCAGGCGACCGCCUUGACAAGUUUGAUCCCACCCGCUAUAAACUCGUCUUGGUCGACGAGGCCCACCACAUUGUCAGCUCGACCUAUCUUGACGUCCUUGAGCACUUUGGCCUGCGCCAUGCUACCGACUGGAACAACACCACCGCUCCUGCUCUCGUUGGCGUGUCGGCUACCUUAUCCCGCUUCGACGGCAGGAGGCUGGGCGCUGUCAUUGACCACAUUGUCUACCACCGUGACUAUGUGGACAUGAUUGAAGAGAAUUGGCUCUCUGAUGUAGUCUUCACAACCGUCGAGAUCAAGGCCGACUUGACCAAAGUGAGCACAGGGUCCAAUGGCGAUUUUCAAGCUGGUGCUCUUUCGAGAGUAAUCAACACCGACGAGACGAAUAAUCUUGUACUCAAGGCCUGGACAGCAAAGGCAAAGGACCGGCACUCGACGCUUAUCUUCUGCGUCGACCUCAGCCACGUCACCAAUCUCACAAACAUGUUUCGCCAGGCUGGAAUUGAUGCGCAAUUCGUCACUGGAGAAACACCAACCAAGGUCCGCAGCGCAAGGAUUGACGCUUUCCGAAACAAAGAAUUUCCCGUGUUGCUCAACUGUGGCGUAUUCACCGAAGGCACAGACAUUCCCAACAUCGAUUGUGUGCUUUUGGCCCGACCAACCAAGUCUCGUAACCUCCUGGUUCAGAUGAUCGGACGCGGCAUGCGUCUAUACGAUGGUAAGGACAACUGUCAUAUCAUUGAUAUGGUCGCCGCUUUGAGUACUGGAGUUGUUUCUACCCCUACCUUGUUUGGUCUGGAUCCUGCGGAAAUCGUAGACAAGGCAGACACAAAGACUCUAGCAAAGAUCAAGCAAAGAAAAGAAGAAGAAAAGCAAAGAGAAGAAGAAGCUUCAAUGGCAAAGCAGGCGACUGUCGCCAAAAAGCUGCCUGGCAGCAUCUCCUUUACCGAUUACGACUCUGUACACGAUCUCAUAGCAGACACUUCUGGCGAUCAAUACAUACGCAACAUUAGCCCAAAUGCAUGGGUAGGUGUAGGCGAGGGCAGGUACGUUCUCUCUGGGAAUACUGGGAAUUAUCUCGUCAUCGAGCCCUCGGACACCGCAGAUGGUUUCUUCAGAGCAAAGUACUAUUGGAAGAUUCCUAUCACCAAGCAGACGAAAAGCCCAUAUGGUACACCGCGCGUCAUCGCUGAAGGCGAGUCUUUCUCGCAUGUCGUCCAUGCCGCUGAUACAUACGCGGCGGACGCGUUCCAAUUCUUCUAUAUCAAUAAGAACCAGGCAUGGCGAAGAAGCAUCGCUUCCCAGGCACAAAUCGACUUUAUCAACAAGUCUCGGCCUCAAGAAGACCACCUGAAGCCAAGCGAUGUCACAAAAGGUAAAGCAGCCGAUAUGAUCACACGCAUCAAACAUGGUAUCCGUGGUCGGUUUGACAAAGCCAGCGUGAAGCAAAAAUCAGAGCAGCGCAUGAAGGCUCGCGCCGAGACAUUGCAACAGCGACUCCAGGGGCAUGUUCAAGUUGGGCCCACAGGACAAGGCCAAACAUUAAAAGAGAAGCUACUUGGAUGA